AUGCCUUUCGUGUAUCAGGAAACUGUUGUUGCAUCCUUGUUAGCUAAUAGAGGUAGUAGCUUUACGCGCAAGGUUCCACUUGGUGCUCUGUCACUCAACACAAACCCCUCCUUUGAGCUUGGCGCAGCUUGGUCCUCGUGGUCGGCUGUGUCGCGCAUUGACGUCGAAGGCCCGGUACCACAAGAUGUCCGGAUCGGAAGCCACCCAUUAUGGUUAUCGCCAUUCUCGCUUUUGUCGUUUUUGGAUGUUUCGUCCGAUGCAGCGUUGCUACUGGCAUUAUGGCUGUAUGACUUUGCCUCGGUGCAGCGUGCUAGAUAUGACUCCACACAUUUCUUGGAUGACGCGUCCAUUGCUUGUGUUGCAUUCUCAAUAAACGCACGCGCGCAAGUUCUUCGUAUCCUGCCUGUUGCAGAUUACUUACGAAUCAACGAAGUUGCCGAGUUCUUGUUUCAUACUUGGCUAUUCCACUUUGCUUGUCAGUACGCGACUAAUCAAGCUCAUGUGCAGUGUCAAUCGAAAGUUGCCAGCUUGAACACAUAUUUAAAUGCAAGCUCGCCACUGCAUCUCAUACUAAGCUCCAAUGGCGUCUGA